GCACACACACACACAGUUACAAAUACAAUUUUAAAGUAAAAUAAAAGAAUCAGAUCCUUCCAGCACUCUCUCUAGUGUGGCUCUCCAGCUGGGCUGGCAGUGGACACAGUGAUAAUGGGAUUGGCCACAACCACGGAACAAGCAUUUGCAAUGAGCGUAGGUGAGGGGUCCAGUUUAAUUUCAUUCUCCCCCUCUUCGGACUGGUGAGUAAGGCUUGUUCUAGUCAUUUUAUUAGUUUCUGAGAUAGUUUUACACUGUAACCCAGGCUAGCUUUGAACUCUCAACAGUCUUACUUGGCCUUCUGAGGGCUAGGAUUACAGGCCUGAGUCACCAUGCCCAACAACUGGUCAGAUUUAUGUUACUGUGAAACAGUUUAAGGGUUUGUCUUGGCUCCAUCAUGAUGGUGGGGAAUCAGAGAGAAGAGAGCAAGCCUACAGCAGCUGGCUUUCUGUUCUACCCCCUUACUCCAUCUGGAGCCCCAUUCUGCUCUCAGGGUAAAUCCCCCUUCUUGGCUAAUCUUCUCUGGAAUCACACGGACACACCCAGAGGUGUGCUUCACUAAUCUCUCAGGCAGUUCCCAGCUAGUCUAGGUAAACUCAGAACAUAGUCUUCUGUGUGACAAACAAGCAUUGGACCCCCGAGCCUCCAUCCCACCCGCUUUAGACAGGUUUUAAUAUGUAGUUUAGGAGGGCCUGAACUUCUGGAGAUCCAGAAUGCUGGGAUUGUAGUUGUGAGCCAAUAGGCCUGGUUCAUUUAAUUGUAGUUCAUUUUAAAAGGUUUCAGGGUGGUACAGCAGAAUUCUCAGGGCUACCAUCAGACUGAGGUUUCAAGUGUUUUCAGUGGGCAUGGGCUUUGACAACUGUAAGUCUCAGCCUUGGCUAACCCCAGUGAUUGAUGGAAGCGAUUCCCAGGUACUGCAUGCUUGUGGAUUGUCUGGUCUGUGUUUCAGGACAGCUGGGGACGUGGCCUUCAGAUUUCUCUCUUUCAGUAGCCUGGGUCAAUUUUCAACGUCUCUGAUUCAGUCUCUAUUUUCACUGAGUUUUCAAUUGGGAAUGAUUUACUAAGAAGAGAAAGCUGCUAUAGUGUGACGCAUUUGAAGACCUUGUAUGAAAACAGACACUUGGCUGUUUGUUUAUUUGGAGGGGUUGACUGCUGGGGUGAAGGUUUGUUUGGGCAUGGACUGCAACCCUAGGCAGUGCCUGCUGCCUGGGCUCCAAGAGUUAACUCUGCAAGCAGUGACGUCAGUCCUGAUCUUUGCUCUUCUGCUUUUGAGCAACCUGAUACUGCCGGCUGCUGAGGACUGUGCUCAUUGGCUGCUGGCUGUACUUACAGUGGGCGGAAUUUUUUUUUCAAUUAAGUAAAAGGGCAGGAUUUAAGCAGCCAGUGACAGCAGAGGCCGGUAUAUCUUGUGCUAGUUUCCUGGGAACCCGGGCAUUUCCCAGUCUUGACUUCUGCCAGCACUUGCUCCUGGCAGUGGCUGAGCACCAGGUCUCACCAGCAUGCUCUGCCUGUGCCUGUAUGUGCCCAUCGCCGGGGAGGCUCAAACUGAGUUCCAAUACUUUGAGUCUAAGGGGCUUCCUGCCGAGCUGAAAUCUAUCUUCAAACUCAGUGUCUUUAUCCCCUCUCAAGAGUUCUCCACCUACCGCCAAUGGAAGCAGAAAAUUGUGCAAGCAGGUGACAAGGACCUUGAUGGGCAACUGGACUUUGAAGAGUUUGUACAUUACCUCCAAGAUCAUGAGAAAAAACUGAGACUGGUGUUCAAGAGUCUGGAUAAAAAGAAUGAUGGACGAAUCGAUGCUCAGGAGAUCAUGCAGUCCCUGCGGGACCUGGGUGUCAAGAUCUCUGAGCAGCAGGCAGAGAAGAUUCUUAAGAGAAUACGGACGGGCCACUUCUGGGGCCCUGUCACCUAUAUGGAUAAGAAUGGCACGAUGACUAUUGACUGGAACGAGUGGAGGGACUACCACCUUCUGCACCCUGUGGAGAACAUCCCAGAGAUCAUCCUGUACUGGAAGCACUCGACGAUCUUCGAUGUCGGUGAGAAUCUGACAGUCCCAGAUGAGUUCACGGUGGAGGAGAGGCAGACGGGGAUGUGGUGGAGGCACCUAGUGGCAGGAGGUGGGGCAGGCGCAGUUUCCAGAACCUGCACUGCCCCCCUGGACAGACUGAAGGUGCUCAUGCAGGUCCAUGCCUCCCGCAGCAACAACAUGUGCAUCAUAGGUGGAUUUACACAGAUGAUUCGAGAAGGGGGAGCCAAGUCACUCUGGCGGGGCAAUGGCAUCAAUGUCCUCAAAAUCGCCCCUGAGUCGGCCAUCAAAUUCAUGGCAUAUGAGCAGAUGAAACGCCUUGUUGGCAGUGAUCAGGAGACGCUGAGGAUCCACGAGCGACUUGUGGCAGGCUCCCUGGCUGGGGCCAUUGCUCAGAGUAGUAUCUACCCAAUGGAGGUUCUGAAGACCCGAAUGGCCCUGCGGAAAACGGGCCAGUAUUCCGGCAUGCUGGACUGUGCCAGGAGAAUCUUGGCUAAAGAGGGUGUAGCUGCCUUCUACAAAGGCUACAUCCCCAACAUGCUGGGAAUCAUCCCCUAUGCUGGCAUCGACCUAGCUGUCUAUGAGACAUUGAAGAAUACCUGGCUACAGCGCUACGCAGUAAACAGCGCAGACCCUGGCGUGUUUGUUCUUCUGGCUUGUGGCACCAUCUCCAGUACCUGUGGCCAGCUGGCCAGCUACCCACUAGCUCUGGUCAGGACCCGGAUGCAGGCACAAGCCUCCAUUGAGGGCGCACCUGAGGUAACCAUGAGCAGCCUCUUCAAACAGAUUCUACGGACUGAGGGGGCCUUUGGGCUAUACCGGGGGCUGGCCCCCAACUUCAUGAAGGUGAUUCCAGCUGUGAGCAUCAGCUACGUGGUCUAUGAGAACCUGAAGAUCACCCUGGGCGUACAGUCUCGGUGACGGGAGGGUGGCGGACUUGGUGACCCUGGGCUGCAGCCCAGGGUGUGCAGCCGCCUCAUUCUGUGAAUGUGCCAACACUAAGCUGACUUACCCAAGCUGUGAAACCCAGGAUACCACAGGGGACGGGCAGGGAGCUGGCAAGCUCUGGGCUGGUCCUGCUGCCCUGGCAGACCUUUGUGUCUCUUCCAAGGAAGACCUGUGGAUGUUCCUUGGGGUCCAAGGGUCAGCAAGAUGUGGGCUCCUGCACUAGAGGCAGGACAUUUUCCGCAGUGCCUGCCAGAUAGCGAGCUUGGAUGCCAGCUUAGUUCUUCCAUCUCGUUCACGCAGCCGGACCUCAGCCACGGCAUCCCUCUGGUCCAAAGAGCGUUCCUGUGCCCCUCAUAUCUUUCUACUGAUGCGCUGUGGUAGAAAGUGGGCCUGUCCCCACUCUUUCUUGUCCUUCUGUCCAUCUUCCCUCAGUGCUGCUCUUCCAAAUCUGUUUUCCACGCUGCAGCAUCCAUGUGGACCUGUGGUACGGGAAGCUGAAAAAAUACCAUUAUGUCUUUGCCUAUGCUGAGCUCACCAGCAAGGCCACCUGGAUGUGCCCAGGUACUCAGGCACUGGCUGCCUGACACCAUGGUGCAUGGCUUUGCUGAAAGCUAAUGCUAGGAUCUGGAAACCAGAGGAUCUGUGCUGCCUGCAUGGGCCUAAUGUCCUCUAAGCUACCCCUAAGCCCUGUCAGGACUGGCACCAACUCAUGCCCACACUCAUUGCUCAGCUCUGUGGUGUGAGGGUGGUCAGGGUAUCUUCCCCACAUCUGCUGCCCUGAUGAGAAGAAAAAGACACUGAAGGCCUUAAUUAUGUCUGACUGGGUAAAGGAUUUGGUGCAGAAGGACAAGCUGGACACUGCAAGUGCCACACUUACUGUGAGCCCGGGGCAGGUAGUUUGCUUGCCCUCAAGUCUGUUCUGAGGACCCUCUGGGGCCAAGUGGGACCAGCCUCACAUUCCACACGUGUACCACUCUGCUUGGAGCCUAUUUAUUUUGUAUUUAUUUGAACAGAGUUAUGUCCUAACUAUUUUUAUAGAUUUGUUUAAUUAAUAGCCUGUCAUUUUCAAGUUCAUUUUUUUAUUCAUAUUUAUGUUUAUGGUUGAUUGUAUCUUCCUGUCAUCGCCUGGUGGGGCAUGGGGAAACAAGAUGGAAAAGUGGCCACAAAGUGACCUUGCCUGCUGCCCACACUGACAGCGCGUCUGUCUCACCGGAAGCAGAGGGAAAGGCACGGGAGUACCCCUUGGGCUUGUUGGGUAGUGGGAAAGGUCACAGCUUGACAUUCUUUUCUGGACCGGGAGGAUUUCUUUAUUUUGCCCUUUUGGAACAAGAAGGCAAGUGAGGUGCUUCACCAGGGAUCUGGUGUGAGGGCGAGGACUGAAGGACAGUGUGGCCUGCCUUCCCCAACCUGUGACCUGGUCUCCCUCCUGGCCCGCAACUGCCCAUGCUCAAUGAGUGGCCAGCUGGCUACUUGGCAAUUGUGCCUCCAUUGCCCCAGAAUGGCCUGAUGAGGAAAAUCCAAAUAGGAUGCAAGAUCAAUGCAAAAAUCACCGGUCUGCAUAGUCUAUGCUGUAACUGGAGUUUGUCAAAGGCAAGCAGCCUUCUAAUAAAGUCGCUUCAAAUGUGA